AUGGAACGAUUCAAGUCCACAAUCGUGCGUCAAAAGGAGAUUCGACAAUUCUCAUCAAGCCUCCGACGAAUGGGUCAGAAGAAUCCCUUCUCGAGAAGCAAUGGAGUAAAAAAUCUUGUAGCAGUUCUUUGUGGCCCUGUCAAGCCAAGCGUCCUUCGGGCUUGGAGGUUGGUAGAUCCCGAGUUUAUAAGACCACCAGAUUUCCUCACUAAAUCUCCUCUUUCAGGAGCUCAAAGUGUCGACGACAAUUCGACAAUGCAGCAUACUCUUUCAGUAAACGCCAGGCCUCUCAAAACCAAUUCAAAAGAUGUCAGCUCAAAUGAUGAUGACUGGAGAAGUGUUCCAGGUGGGUAUCCACGUCAGAAACGAAGUAAUAACCCUAAUGACACAAAACCUUUGGCUGUCAAACCACCGGAUAUUAAACGGCGUCGAGUAGUGCUAGCUGGUGAACUAGAUGAACAUGGAGAUAGAAUGCCGACAGCGGGCUUUAACGGACGUGCCAUUAUCUCCGUGAAAGCGCUACCUCCACGUCAACGCAAUGAUGUGGAUGGUGGUGCCAAUCAACCGGAUGAGUGA